AUUUGCUUCGCGCGCUCGAACAGCUGAAAAUGCGUCCUCAGGUCAAGAGUCAACUGCCAUGGCGGCGGCUUAAUCCUUACCAUCCCUCUCCACCUAAGCAGGCCGCAGCUAAUAGUUUCAUCUCUUCUCACUCUCACCCCCCCGCCCCAUGGCUCCACCCUCAGAUCCGACUAAACCCUCCAUCCCAAUUUCUUACCCCAUCACUGACCUCGAAACCCUAAUCUCACGCUCCUACUUCGACUCGUUCCACUACCCCUUCAAUGUAUCCUCGGUACCCCUUCCCGCGGCCUCUGUGGUGACGACUCUUCGAAGGCGUAUUCUCGUCUGCCACGAUUUCAAGGGUGGGUACAAUGACGAUAAGUGGGUUCAGGGCGGCAGCAAUGCCGGCGCCUACGCUUUUUGGCAUUGGUACCUCAUGGAUGUAUUUGUUUACUUCUCCCAUUAUCUCGUCACUCUGCCGCCGCCUGGGUGGAUCAAUGCAGCCCACACACAUGGAGUCAAGGUACUGGGGACAUUCCUCACUGAAUGGGAGAAAGGCAGAGAGAUUUGCAAGACGUUCCUAUCAACAACUGAGUCUGCAAUAACAUAUGCUGAACGGCUGGUCGAAUUAGCUGAUAGAUUGGGAUUUGAUGGCUGGCUGCUAAACAUAGAAGUUCCAUUACAUCCACGACAAAUUCCGAUUUUGAAGCAAUUUAUUGACCAUCUGACUCAAACUAUGCACAGGGUUGUCCCUGGAUCUCUUGUUAUAUGGUAUGACUGUGUAACUAUAGAUGGUAAACUUGCUUACCAGAAUCAGUUAAAUAAAAAGAACAAGCCCUUUUUUGAUAUCUGUGAUGGUAUAUUUUGUAAUUAUAGAUGGAAGAAAAAUUACCCAAAAGAUUCAGGUGCUGUUGCAGGUGAUCGCAGGUUUGAUGUAUAUAUGGGAAUUGAUGUUUGGGGCAGGGGUACAUACGGUGGAGGAAAAUGGAAUACGAAGGUUGGUCUUGAUGCACUGAAGAAAGAUGAUGUUUCCGCUGCUAUUUUUGGGCCAGGAUGGGUUUACGAAACUCAACAAGGACCAGACUUCCAGACUGCUCAAAAUAGGUGGUGGUAUAUUGUUGAGAAAUCAUGGGAAGUUCUCCAAAGUUAUCCAAAUAUGUUACCUUUUUAUUCAAACUUUAAUCAGGGUCAUGGGUAUCAAUAUUCUAUAGGAGGGUUUCGAGUUGCUAAUAGUCCCUGGAAUAACAUGGCUUGUCAAGGCUUUCAGGCUAUCCUAGAUUGUAAGGAAUCUUCCCAAAGUUCUGUGCAAGUGUUCAUCAAUCUUGAGGAUGGAUCUUACAUUGGAGGAGGGAGCAUUACAUGCAAAGGACGCCUUGGCAUCAAUGAUUUUUUCUCAACUAGGCUUUUUUUGGGGAAACUUGUAUUGGAGCAGCCAAUUUCCUUGACUUAUCAUGUUAAAUCUGAUGCUAACUCUCUGAUGGGACUCGUGCUUUCAUUCUCCCCUAAUCCAAACGGGAUAAAAAAAGUCCUCCUUUUGCCUGAAUCCAUGCUUCCCACUUGCCAACUAACAACAAAAUACGAUCGAAUCAUUCUGACAAAAAAAGGUACUCACCAGGACCUUUCAUCAGCCUCAGACUGGAUCCAAUAUGAUUCAGACAUCAUGAUGGAUGGUCACACAAUGACUGAAAUCGGACUUCUCUGCUACUUAAAGAAGCCAGCCGAAGCGAAUACCACCUUAACCAACAAAGCAACCGAUCGAUCACCAUACGUCGCUUCCCUCGGUCUCAUCCGCCUCCAAAUUUCUGGACAAAGCAUCGAAUUCCCAUCAGCUGACUCAUGGAUUAUUCAAGGUGAAAAUAUUUCCUGGUCCUCAAACGAUGAAGGAAUCAGAGCCGUCAGCCUUAAAAUUACCUGGAAACUGAAGGCAGGCUCAUCACAAGCCUUUGCGGCAUACAACAUAUUUGUACAGAAAGUAUCCAGUGACAUGAAUAUCCAGGAUUGUAACAUGGAUGGUAGUGCAGAGUUUCUAGCUGCUACUAAAGCUGGAAUCUAUUAUGUAUCAGCUCUUGAAGUUCCCAGUGGCGUAACUAAUCUCAACUUUUUCAUUCAAAUUUGUGCGAUUGAUGGGACUUUUCAGGACCUUCGUAAAUCUCCUACAUAUCCAUUGGAAGUUGAAGGUCGGUAAGGCUUACAUUUGAUUUUGGUUUCUGGAAGGAAGUUUCCAUUUGAUUUGUAUCUUUUUUCUAUCAAUUCAAUUUGCAAUUUAACUUAUUUUCUGUCCGCUAAUAAUAAAUCAGAAACUAAUAUGGUACUAUGCGUUAAGUUUCUGGGUGCUUUUUUAAGUUCUUU